UCUGUUUCUCUGAGUCUCGCCCCCAAGUCUGUCACGUGAGCAGAAUGUCAUGUGAUCGGUCUGUUCCUAUUGGUUCUGACGUUCCGUGAGAGAGUGGGGAGAGAUGUCCGCCGUUAGAUCCGUCCAUUCUUUCUCCUCAUCUACCUCCUUAAAUAAUGACAGAACCAGUUACUUGGGAGCCCGGAUUCCCGUUGAGGUGGAGACUAUGGUUAAAUAUAUGAAGGACUUAGACAAAGAUACUUUUAGGAAAAUUCUUAAAGCUGUGGUAGGAGCGUUGGAGGGAAAGGACAGCCGAGAAUCUGUACAGUUAAUAUUAGAAAAUACCUUAAUAUCGGAAGAGAAGCUAAGUUUUCUUAUUUCUGGGGCAUAUACCCUGUUGAAAGUGGCCCUCAGGCUUCCAGUAUCAACACUUAAACAGGAGGUUUUUAAGGAAGACUUGAAAGACCUCAGGAUUCCAGAUGAUUUUAUAGAAGACUUUGCCAACAUAGUGUAUGGAAACAGGCGACCAAUUCUUGAAAAUGCAGCUUUGAAGCAUGGUGUUAGAUUGCCAGCGUUAGAGGAUAUGCGAUGGAGAGUAGAUGUGGCAAUUUCAACAAGCUCCCUCUCCCGAGCCUUGCAGCCUUCUAUUUUGGUACAGCUUAAACUUUCUGAUGGAACUUCUCAUCGCUUUGAGGUUCCAGUAGCCAAGUUCCAGGAACUAAGGUAUAAUGUUGCCCUAAUACUGAAAGAGAUGAAUGAUUUAGAGAAAAGAAGUAUUCUCAGAAUCCAGGACUGACUCUUCCUGACUCCUGUGGAAUCCUGUCAUUCUAAUAACUAUUUUCUGCCAACUUGUUAUAUACACAAAUGACUAAGAAAUAGUUUGUACAGGUAUGGGAUGCCUUAUCCAGAAAAUUAUGGGAAUGAUCCCAGUUCCUAAGAAAAUAAUUAGCAUUUUUUUUUUUUUAAAUGUUUUCCCCUUUCUUUGUAUUAAUUGAACGGUAGCUUGUGCUUAAUCCUAACUAAAGAUGUAUGAGUCCAUGUUGGAAGCCACAACAAUGCUACUGGGUUCAUUUCAUGUGUAAAUGAUUUUUAGCAGACUUAAGUCCAGCCCAGUUACAUGGGAAAAGGAGAAACAAUAGGUUACCUGAAAGAAGUUCUAAUGUAUAGCACUGGCUCCUUCUGAAAGACUCAGACACAGUGUACUGAGAUGGCUGCCUACACAACUGAAAAAAAUAAAUUUGUUGGUGCAAGAAUAAUUUUUUAAAUAGUUGAGGGAAUUAUGUGCUGUGUAAACAGUGUAAUUUAGAAAUAAAAAGUACACCAUAAAAAUCAUGACUUUAUAUCUUUAAAGCAGCUGUUUCCACACAUUAUGGUCCCUAAAUGUAUUAAGCCAUAAACAUCCUGUCAUCCUUCAGGCAGUGUAAUAUUCAGACCACAGUAGCUUGAGUUUAAUACCUCAGUGACAAAAACUGUGACAUGUGCAAAUGUUCUCCAAAGAGAAAAUGCCAUAUUUGUCCACAGCAACCCCAGUUGAUGUAGACACAGUGUGUGACUGGGCAUCUAAGAGUCCACCACAGAACCUGACAACAAAGGCCUAAUUCCACAACAGUCUUGAUGUAGGCAGUACUAAAUGUAAAAAGUCUUGUAUGGUAGAUAUAAGAAGGCACUGAUGGGCAUAGUCCCUAGUGGGGCUUACGGGAGAUCCUCUUGCACUCUAUCAGCUCCUUCGGCCCUGGCUGUGGAUGAAAGCCUUGAUGUCUGUUCAGUGUUUAAACCUGCAUGGCACACCAGACAACCAGCUCUGAAUCUGUACCUGUACACUGUUAAUAUUUAUUUUAGUAUGGGCAAAACCACCAGGUACAGUCCUUCAUGAACUUAAGAAGAGAAGACGGAAGCUUCAUACCUGUCUAACUUUUAAGUUGUUUUAGGUUUGUCUGUGGAUUUGUAAAAAUAAAGUUAAAUGGUAAUUAUUGUUUAAAAGUAUGUGAUGUGUAUUCAGUAUGUUUAUCUGUAUACCUUUUGUAUAUUCUAUAAACAGCCCUUGUUUAAUUCA